UAUUGGCUAAAGACCUCUUGUUUGUGUCGGAAGUGGCUGUUGACAGCUUGAGCUCUUCCUCCUACUUUUUCUCUUUCACUUCCGCCCUUCCUUGCGCAGCGGUAUCUCCCUCCCUGGGCUGUCCGAGGUGACUGACGGGAAGGCGGAUCCUGGAGUAGCUUGUGUGUAAACGGGAUUUCCUUAUUCCGGUGUUACCUGCUGCAGCUGUUGUGGUGUCUCUUGUAUUGAAACACCCUCCGGCCUGUGACACCUAGGGAAUGCACCACGGAGCUCGCCAUGAGCAGCACACCCGAGCUGUGCGGCCCCGGGGAAGGCGACAAGGUGUAGUCUUGCCUUUGUAAAAUACAAGUACCAAAAGUAUGGAGCCUGAAAUUAUCCGAAUGUAUUCUUCAUCCCCUCCUCCACUUGAUAAUGUUGCUGAUGAUGAUGACGAAGAUGAGUUUGGAGAAUUUGGGGGCUUUUCUACAGUUAAUAACUCCGGUUUUGCAGAUUUUAGCCCUGGUAAUUAUCCUCAAGAGGACUUUUUACACUCUAAACAUUUCAUGCCAAUUCAUGAUUACGCUGAUAAUGUAAAUAACUUUAGUAGCCUUAAUUCAAUUAAUGAAAAAGAGAACUUUAGUGACCAUACUGGUUCUAAGAAGGGCUCUUCCAACGUGUGCGAAACAAAUAUCAGCAAUGAUGCAAUCCAGUUUAAUGCUGCUGCAGUUGAAAUUAAAGGGAGCACAGGAGAGAAGGUGAAGACGGUUGAUAUCCAUAUAAAUUCAGAAAGCAAUGGUACUGAAGUCAAUAGCAGAUGCCAGGAACAACCUGUUAACACCUGUAAUGGUGAGAAACUACACUGUCUGGAGAAUCUCACAAAUGGGUUUGCAGUGGAAGAUUCUGUUAACCCUCAGGGAAUAGAUGAUCUGGACAGCGUCAGCAAUUCAAAGGGAUUUAAUACUAAUAGAGUGCACAGUCCGGGCUUAACUUUAGACUUUACACCUAGUCCUAGUGAGGACUUUGCAGACUUUUCCUCAUUUUCAGUGCCCAUAGAAGAUGGAGAACUUAACAUUCAAACUGAAUUUUCUGAUGGAUCGACUAGUAUUAAAACUAACUGUACAGUAAGUAGAGUUGAUGAUUAUUGCCACUUUGAAACUCAUGUACCUAGUGAAAUAGGUGAUGAACCUAUUGAUCAGGUUCUUAGUAAUUGCACUUCAAAAACACACACAGUUAUUGAAAACAACGAGCCUCCUAAAAAUGUCUCCCUUACGCCAGAUAUCAACACAUCUGUCAGUGUUACUUUUCCUCCAGGGGAUGUUGUUACAGGAGACUUUGUUGGUAUUGCACAAUUUAGUGAAAAUGAUGAGGAAGAAAUGUUACAAUCUGCUGAUGGAAUUAGUUUGUGUGUACCUGACAAUUUGGAAGGUAUUAAAAACAUUGAGCAUUGUUUAAGAAUGGAAAAUAACAAUUUUAAAAAUGAGUUAUCCAAUAUUUCGGAUAGCCAAAGAUUGAGUAAAAGUGUCCCUUCAGUUCACCCUGAUGAUGUCUCAUUUGGAAAUUUUGACGGUAAUAUUGAAGAUCUGCCAUCAUUUACAGACCAGAGUAAAUCAGAUGAUUUAUUCAAAGACAACGUAUCACCAGAUAUGAUUGUAAAUGAAUUAAAUGAUGAUUUUUGUGAAUUUGAAGAUACAAAUGUUACUUUUCAAGAAGACCUACACCAUAUUUCAAAUGAAAGGUUGGUGUUUCAUAGCUCAGGUGACAAAUAUCUGGAUACAGAACAUAAUGAGGGCUCUGUUUCCUUAGUGAACAAUGAUGGUUCCAGUACUUUUCAAGACACUGAUGAUUUUGCGGACUUCAGUUCUGCUAAUAACACUAAUCCAGUUUCAGAGUGGAAAGCAUUUGAUAAUGACCAGUCAGAGACAACUUGGACUGCAUUUGAUGAAAAAAAGGUAGACCACUUACCUACGGAGGCUGAUUCUUGGACAACGGGUGAUAAUCAUGACCAGGUUCUAUCUGUGGAAAAUGUAACACUGGAAAAUGUACCUUUGUCUACUAUUCAGGAAGCUGGAUCUCAUUUGGUUUCUGAAGGAUUAUCUUCAACCUCUCAGCAAUCAUUAUUGAGCCGCCUUGAGCGAAUUGUCUCAGUCUGUUUUCCUCUUUCUCCUGUUGUUGAAGUUGAACAUGAUAUAUUAUCCCUGGAGCAUCUUCUAAACCGUGACAAGUGUAAGGAAACAUCUGAAUCUUUGUCUAGGGAAGUCCCGAACAUUUGGACAGAUAUUCAAGAUAUUCAUGAAGCCUUUGGACUGAAGUACCAGUGGGGCGGUUCUCACAGCAACAAAAAGCUCCUGUGCUCGCUUGGAAUUGACACAAGGAACAUUCUAUUUACAGGCAACAAAAAGCAACCAGUAAUUGUGCCGAUGUAUGCAGCUGGUCUGGGUAUGCUAGAGCCAACCAAGGAACCUCUAAAGCCUUUAUCAGCUGCAGAAAAGAUAGCAUCAAUAGGGCAAUCUUCACCUGUUCCUUCAGAAGAGAGCAUCAUUACUUCCGAUCCAUUGCAGGAAUCCCUCCCACCCAUCCAGUUUGACUGGAGUAGCAGUGGCCUUACCAACCCGUUAGAUGCAUUGUUAUGCUCCUAAUAAGCAUGCUACCCCAUAUUUGCACAUUUAAAUAAUGGUUUGGGAUGGGCAGCACAAAAUGUAAAUAUGUCCAUUUAUCCAUUUCAUUUAAGCACUGUUUUUAUAAUGUCAGUAAUCUUUGCUAGUACUGGCUUAAUGUUUCAGGGAAAAUAUUACCGUAAAUCAGUAUUAUUGACACACAUUAGAAAAUGCCAUCCUAUUUCAUUGGCUGGAAAGCAAACCUGAAUCUCUUUCAGAUGAAGGAAAGCCUGGAUGGACUGUUUCAGUUUUAUUUAUUUAUUUUUAAAGUUCUGUUUUCUGGUGUUCUGUUACUUUAUCAAAUCUUUUUUCUGUCUAUAACACAUGAUCUAUGUUCAGUGCAUUAACGAGGAACAAUUCAGUUCUGUUUUCAGUAUUAACAUUAAUGAUGAAAUAUUCUGUAUUCAAUACAUUUCAUUUGAAUAAUAUACUUUAAUAUUGGCAAAAUAUGUUUUAAAGCUUUUAUAGCCGUUUUUACAAAUGGCCCGAGAAACUAAAAGUUUUACAGUUGUUUGUUUACUCUUCAUGUUUUUCUCAUACGCCUGCUUGUCCACCGAGAUAUUCACAUUAGGACAUUACUUUAUGGCUACGAUAAGCUGAAUUGUUUCUCUUUGUCCUCUAGUAUUAGUUGUGCAUCUUCUUCCCUUAUUAAUUCCACAAGUCUGCAAAUAUAUGUUAAACAUUAGUUUGCUGAAUACAUUUUUGUAUGUGCAAUUAUAUAAACUACAAAGGGUCGAAAUGCAUAACUUAAUGAGACAUUUUACUAAAAAAAUAUCAUUUAUAUUAAAGAAUAACAUUUAAACAUGAGAAUGUGCAGUAGCAGAAGCAUGGGCCAAUGAGCAUUACUAGGAAGUACCCAUCAGCCAAUGAGCAUUACCAGGAAGUACCCAUCAGCCAAUGAGCAUUACCAGGAAGUACCCAUCAGCCAAUGAGCAUUAGUAGAAAGUACCCAUCAGCCAAUGAGCAUUAGUAGAAAGUACCCAUCAGCCAAUGAGCAUUAGUAGAAAGUACCCAUCAGCCAAUGAGCAUUAGUAGAAAGUACCUAUCAGCCAAUGAGCAUUAGUAGAAAGUACCCAUCAACCAUUGAGCAUUACUAGGAAGUUCACAACCAAUGCUGCUGUACUCAUUUAAAUUUUAAACAGUUUAUUUAUUUGUUUUUCUUUUUGCAUGAAAAAUUUGGAAAUUAACAUGUUUAAAUGCUGCUCAUUUAUAUAAAUGAUAGAAAAAAUGCGUAUAAUGUCCCUUUAACAUUUUCAGUUCUUGUUUUAUUUACUAAUAAGAAUAUAAAGCUGUCUAUGGAAUAUAUACUGGUGACUUGCAUGUUCAAGUAUGUCUUACCCUUUUUACACACAAACCCAUUCCUUUGGCUUGCCUUCUUUACGGCUGAUUACCAACACGGUCACUGC